CAAGCAACGAUUUAUCAGGAAAAACUCCGCGAGCGUUUCCGGCCAACGUCAGAGUGCUAAAAACAACUCCGAGCUGCUGUUAUGAAGGAUUUCUUGCUCCGAAGAGACUGACAACGGUUUGUAAAACAACAAGGGACAUGCCUUGUAUGCAGUAACAUUUUCACAUUGUUGGAUAUGUGAAAAGCAUGAUUUCAAAUGGAGGCUGAUCACAUCAUCAGGAUUACAUCAAGAAAAAGUGGCGACAACUAAACAGCUCAUCUGAUUUUCAUUUAAACUACUCCAAUAAUGUUAUCUCAGACUUGCGAGGCUUAUGACCGAUCAGUUUUCUACUUCUACAACAAAACUGGGAAGCCCAUUACACCAGACUGGCGCACACAUGACUUUGUGGUGGUCGGACUUGGAAUUCCGAUAUGCCUCUUUAUUAUUCUUGCAAACAUACUGGUAAUAGCUGCCAUCAUCAUCAACCGGCUCUUCCACUUUCCCAUUUAUUACCUUCUUGGGAACAUGGCAGCUGCGGACCUUUUUGCGGGAAUCUCCUAUCUAUACCUUGUGUUCCAUACCGGGCCAUGGACUAUCAGUUUGACAGUGAAAGAGUGGUUUGUUCGUGGAGCUUUGAUUAAUAUGAGUCUCACUGCCUCUGUGGUCAACCUGUUGGCUGUGGCUGUGGAGCGUCAUCAGACCAUCUUUACCAUGCAGCUCCACAGCACCAUGACCAAGCGCCGUGUGGUGAUGCUGAUAGUUACCAUAUGGUUGGUGGCAAUUGUCAUGGGCCUGGUGCCCACCAUGGGCUGGAACUGUGUUUGUGACCUGUCCACCUGCUGCACUGUAGCUCCACUUUACUCACGCAGCUUCCUAAUAUUCUGGGCUCUUCUCAAUCUCCUUGUCUUCUUCAUUAUGGUGGCUGUGUACACCCACAUCUUCAUAUAUGUCCGCCGUAGGAGCCAACAAAUGUCCCCUCAUAUCGAUCAGCCCUCACAUAAUCAGACCGUCAUCAGCCUUAUGAAGACCAUGUCCAUAAUUUUGGGUGCAUUUGUGAUCUGUUGGACGCCAGGUCUGGUCAUUCUAUUACUGGAUGGUCUUAGUUGUACAGGCUGUCAAGUUCUUAAAUAUGAGAAGUACUGCCUGGUUCUGGCCGAGUGUAACUCUUUAGUGAACCCCAUCAUCUACUCGUUUCGGGACAAGGACAUGCGGACCACCUACAAACACAUUUUCUGCAUCCCUUGGAGAAGAAUGUGUCAGCAUGAGGGGCCUUCUGGCAUCCACUUUGAGCCUGUGAAAGCAGGGGUACCAUCUGAGAAAAACAGCAAUAACUCCACAAGCAAACUGAAUGACAACAUUCCAGGUUUUCCAUGACAUGUGGAAAUCCUGUACAAACCUAAUGAAGAUAAGUUCUGAAGAUCCAUUUCCAUCCUUCUCUACAACUGAAGCCAUGUUGGGCCUUACCUGAGAGACAGUGAUCCCGCACUUCUUGGCCAACUCUUCCUUGGCUUCUUCACUGGGAAAACAUAUGCAAGACACAUACCUGGCAUCGAGGAAGCGGGAGCGCAGGAUCAUGACAGCCUCACAGGUGCUCUGCUUGAGCUGCAUCUGGAUGGAGCUGAACUUGCGGUGGAUGAUAGCCACCAUGCGCUCAAUCU